AUUAAAAAAAUCAAAAUGAAGUUCAAUAAAUUAUAUAGUCGAUUAAGUUUCAAACAUAAGACAUUAGCUGCACGUGGUUUUUCCAGCGUGUCUAACAAGAAAUGGGAAAGUGUAGUUGGUUUAGAAGUUCAUGCACAGUUGAAUACGGAAUCAAAACUCUUUUCUGGUGCUCAGAAUACUUUUGGCGGUGUAGUGAACAAUUGUGUGUCGUUAUUUGAUGCCGCGGUGCCCGGUACGUUGCCAGUGCUGAACAGAAAAUGCGUGGAACUAGGUAUAAUGACUGCAUUAGCUCUAUCGUGUAAAGUCAAUGAAGUGUCUACGUUUGAUAGAAAGCACUACUUUUACGCUGAUUUACCGACCGGCUAUCAAAUAACGCAGCAAAGAAACCCACUAGCUAGUGAUGGCGUCAUUAACUUUCAGGUGUUCACUCCUGGUGUCCACAAAAAGCCAUACAGAAAGAGUUCGAAGAUCAAACAGAUACAAUUAGAACAAGACAGUGGCAAGUCGUUGCAUGAUGCAGAACUCAAGCAGAGUCUCAUUGACCUCAACCGAGCUGGAGCGCCGCUUAUAGAACUUGUGUUUGAGCCUGAUUUAGAGGAUGGCGAGGAAGCGGCAGCAUUGGUGAAGGAACUGGUGCUGAUCGUACAAAGACUUGGUGCCUGCACGGGGCGUAUGGAAGAGGGCGCGCUUAGGGUUGACGCUAACGUGUCGAUUAGGCGCCCUGGGGACCCACUCUCUACUAGAACAGAGAUUAAGAACAUAGGAUCGGUCCGUGGAGUGGCAGGCGCGAUCCGUCACGAGAUCGAGAGACAGCAAACAAUCCUGAACAACGGCGGGCGCAUUAUCAAUGAGACGCGCGCCUGGGACGCGACCAACAAAGUCACCAUACCCAUGAGAGACAAAGAGGUCGUGCAGGAUUAUAGGUACAUGCCGGAACCUAAUCUACCACCGCUACGCGUGAACUUGAACACCAAGAUGGACCACAACGACGUGCUAAGCGUACCUCUAAUACAGGACAAAAUACCAGAGCUUCCAGAACAAUCGAGAAAGAACCUUAUUGAGCAGUAUGAACUGCGACCAGAAACUGCAAUACAAUUGGUCAAUGAGCCAACACUACUGGAAUAUUUCCAAAGUUUGACAUCGGACAAAGCCAGGAACCCAACGAAAGUCGCAAAUUUUCUAAUAAAUGAUCUAACAACCGUACUUAAUAAAAGAAAAUUAGAUGCAGAUGAUUCUCCCGUUACUGUUAAGCAACUAAAAGAACUGACUGAUAUGCUUUUGAGUAAAAAUAUUAAUUUAGAAAUUUGUAGAAACGUGCUAGAUGAGCUGAUUGAGUUAUCUGAUAGUGACGUUUCUCCUUUAAGACUUGUGGAAGAAAAAGGGUGGAUGUUGACAAGCAAUGAAGCAGAAAUAACAAAAUUAUGUACGUCGGUCUUAGAGAAUAAUCCUAAGUUGGUGAAUCAGUAUAAAAAUGGUAAAACCAAAGUAUUUAAAGCACUUUUAGGAAUAUUAUCUAAGAGCAACAGUAAAAUUGAUAUGUCUGUAGCGUCUAAGAUUAUGGAAGGGUUAUUGAAAAAGUGAUAAUAAAUGGAAAAACUGUUA